UGGGCUCCCCGCACCCUCUCUCUUGACUCCAGGUGAAGCCAGAGGUCCUCAGCCACCCCGAGCGGUCCUCUCUCAUCUACUCGGGUCACCCGUUCAUCGUGCCAGGAGGACGCUUUGUCGAGUUCUAUUACUGGGACUCCUACUGGGUGAUGGAGGGUCUGCUCCUGUCCGAGAUGCCAGGGACGGUGAAGGGCAUGCUGCAGAACUUCCUGGACUUGGUGCAGACGUACGGACACGUCCCCAACGGGGCCCGCGUGUACUACCUGCAGCGGAGCCAGCCCCCGCUCCUGAGCCUCAUGAUGGAGCGCUACGUGACUCAGGCCAAUGACACCGCCUUCCUCCGGGACAACCUGGAGACCCUGGCCUUGGAGUUGGACUUUUGGACCAAGAACAGGAGCAUCUCUGUGAGCUCUGGGGGAAAGAGCUACGUCCUGAACCGCUAUCAUGUCCCCUAUGGGGGACCCAGGUGAGGCCGUGCCUGGCCAGCCCUUCAGUCUCUUGUGUGUUCACUCUGGUUUGAGUGGCCAGACUCCCCUGGUGAUGGUGAUACUGAGGGCCUGGGGGCCUGUGUUCCCAGGAAAGGGGUCCCAACUAUGCUCUGGGGGCAGCGUGGCACUGGCUAGAUGCCCUGUUGUGCAUCACCCCUUUCUUGGAGGUCCAGCCCUGGCUCUGGGCCAUCGCUGGGGCAGGAGACACCCUAGGGGGCCAAGGAAGCAGGCAGGACCCCACCAGGAGUUGGGGCGGAGCCCCAGCAGGGGAGAUGUGAACAGCUCUGUCUGCAGAGGCAGUGGAGGAGCCCCCUGGGGAGGACUCCCAGAGGUCAGACCACUGUGGAGCCUGCUUCUUUGCAGCUUGGCCACCAGCCAGGCUGGGGCAGGAGAGAGGGCUCUCCUCCUCUCGCUACCCUCUCCUCUCAAGGCAGGGCCUAGAGCAAGACAAGGGAGCCUCACAGUCCCCUCCCCCGGCCCUGCUCAAACCACAGCCACCUGUAGAUCAAAAACAACUUUUUUUUUCAACCUUCAGUUGCCUGAAAGAUGUACAUGGUUGGGGCUGGGACCGAGAGUCAAGGGCAGCCUGUACACACAGGGUAGGGGGAACUCCUGGGCCCCUGCUCUCAGACUUUGCACAUUUCUGCAUUUCUGCACAUGACAGCAGUUUUUGCAGAAAGGGUGUAGAGGGUGCGUCUGGGCCAGGCAUCAGCCUGUGGCAGCUGCCUGUGGUUGCCUCUGCCCACCAGGAUGCCCAACCUCUUGUUCUCACCUCAACCACCAUGGCUUCCUGUCCCCAUGGGAACAGGGCACUGAGUCAGGGGCUCCUGGCACACCCAGAUAACUGGGUAUCUCUCUGCCAGGCCACCCUACCAUUCCAGGUCAUCUGUAUAUCAGUUGAAGCCUUCGCUGGCCAUUAGGGGUUGCAAAUGCAAAUUCUAGGACACAAUUGUGGGACAUCUUAAGGAAACUCUGCAAGGGGGAAUGACCCUGCCUGGGGACUGGUAACAGGCAAGGGGGAUGACUCUGCCUGGGGACAUUCCUGUGUAACCAGGGUCUCCCUGCUGAAGAUGGUUGGUGUAAGGGAAGAUGGGGUCCCUAUUUGCUCGCUCUUCCAGUUUUUCAAUGUAAGGUGGAGAUCCAUAUUUUUAUGUGAAAUAUCCCAAUUUUGAAGGGUCUCGAUAUCCCAAAUUCUGGCUGUCCAUCUAGGAGUGAUGCCUGUGUUGUCAGUGAGGAUUGAGGAGGAGACCUGACCCCACUACAGGGCCCUUCUUCUCCCCACAGCACCCAGGGCCCAGCCCUCAAACAAGACCUCAAGCCUGCGAGCUGACUCCCCCAGUUGUGCUGUGCCCUUUGCGGUGAGGUACUCUGUACAUAUUGAGAUCCUUAAUGUGUCAAGAUCUCUUACAAAGAAAAAAUAAUAUUGUCAUUCUUGAAAAAAAACCCCAUAGACUCUCUAUGGGCAGUCGAUAAAUAUAAUGCUCUAUUCAUUCUUUUUCUGAUCUGGAUCAGGCCUCUACCCACAAGGACACAGCUCCCUUUUGCCCUUGGGGAGUCUGUGCCUGACCUUGGAUGUUCUCACCCAAGUCUCACCCCUUAGCAUUUCUGCCUUGUCUUUCUCAGCACAUUUACAAGCAGGUGCAUGGUUGGUGGGAAAAAUGAUACUUUAAAAUAUUUAUUGAGCUUUGAUUUUGCAGUGAAGCUGCAGGCUUGUAGGGGAAGGACUGACAAGGGGACCUGAGAGUCAGCCCAGCCUUAGUAAGUCUGCUCUGGGCUCAAAUGUACACCCUCACCCACUAAAAGACCUGCUGGACCACUCAUCCUUGGAAGGCAGCCUAAGCGGGUGGGAGUCAAUGGGAGGGGAAGCAAUCUCCUUGCUUGGACCCCAAAGUUUUUCUUUUCUUUUUUUCUUUUUUCUUUUUUUU